AUGUCACAGAUCACAUCGACUGGCUUGACUCUCUUUUUGAACGGGAUCCCAUACUUCAUCAGCCCCCACAUCGCUGCGAAUCUCUCGCUCCAAUCUGAUGUCCCCGGAGAUGUCGAUGGUGUUAUGGAUUUCGUUCCGGUUGCCGUCUUGCCAAAUGCGAGCUGGGCAGACAAUCUUUCCCAAAUUUUCACCGCUUGGAAGGAGACCGACGACGUGUUUCAAACCGGAUUCGCACGGCUGCUGCUCAAUCAGACAAACAACUCGGACACAUCGACAGCCGAAAAUAUCCACACUACCAAUGAGAUACAUUCGGCAGUGGUGAGCUUUACAGCGAGGUCCAGCGUGCCGAAGGGGCCUUAUUUUCUGCGCAAAGGCACCGGAGACCUACAUCAAGCAUACCGUCUUUACGACGACACUGCUGGCGCCUUCACCGAAGCCUUGCUGGGCAAUAAUGAUGGCACUUUUCAAGUCUUGUCCGCAAAGAUCCCUGGUUCAGCUACGUUCACCAUCGGCGUGCCUUCUCGAUUGUACUACGAGCCUUCAGAUACAAAGCCACUGGCUGGUGUCCGAAUUGCCGUUAAGGAUAUCUUCUCGCUAGCCGGAGUCAGACAGUCAAACGGAAACCGCGCAUGGUAUCAUUUAUACCCAGCCAAUAACGUUACUGGAACGGCAAUCGCGAGGCUAAUCGAAGCCGGCGCCAUUAUCGUGGGCACUCAGAAGUUGUCCCAGUUUGCAACGAGCGAAGUUGCGACUGUCGAUUGGGUUGACUACCAUAGUCCUUUCAAUCCUAGGGGAGAUGGUUAUCAAGAUCCAUCCUCUUCGAGCUCCGGCGCAGGUGCUUCUGUUGCUUCUUAUGGCUGGCUUGACGCUGCCGUAGGAACUGAUACGGGUGGCAGCAUCCGUAGCCCUGCAGGCGUCAACGGCGUGUUUGGCAAUAGAGCAUCACACGGUGCUGUGAGUGCUGAUCACAUCAUGCCGUUAUCCGAGCCUCUGGAUACUGUUGGCUUCCUUGUCCGAGACCCAAAGCUGUGGGAUAAACUUCAGGCUGUCACAUACGGCUCCAACUACACUUCUCUGGCGGAAUUGAAGCCGAAGUAUCCGACCAAGAUCAUGACGGUGUCGUACCCCAACUCCAGCACCGAGGCAGGUGUACUUCUUAAUAGCUUCGCCACUGCACUGGCUAAGUUUGUGGGCGGCAAUGUGAGCACUCUGAACGUGGCACAGCGCUGGGGCACACGCGAAACCAACCCCAACGCCGAACUCAACUUCACCGAGACUUUCAACAUCACUUACCCAGUUCUUACUGGGAAGGGUCAAGACGAUGCAGUGGUUCAGCCAUUAUUUGCAGAUUAUGCCAAACAAUUCGACGGUCGUCAGCCGUUUAUCAACCCAUCCCCACUGGCACGAUGGGCCUGGGCUGCCAACUACUCCUGGGAUGAGGCCAUGCAGAACAAGACGAUGUUCAUGAACUGGUUCAACGAUCAGAUCCUACCUCCGGUCAACAACACCCUGCAAUGCUCAUCCGGGCUCAUUCUAUAUGCCGGCAAGCUUGGGACGCAGUCUCCAAGGAACCGAUACGACAUAGCACCGCCAGCGCCUUUUACUGGCUUUUCAGCGGCCCGAAUGUCUGUCUUUUCCGGAUGCCCUGACUUAAUCUAUCCAGUGGGUGAGGUCUCUAGCUUCAGCGCUCAGACCAACCAUGAUGAGAAGCUGCCAGUGGCGGUCGGCAUACUGGCAGCAAGAGGUUGUGACGGACUUCUGACUAGGCUAGCGACCGAUCUGAUGAGUGAAGGUAUAUUGAAAACGCCGGAGGUUGGUGGUAGUCUGAGUGGUGGCCCAAUUCUUACGUAG